AUGCUUACCUCAUCUCGAACCUCCACUCCAUCACGCAAACACGUGCCAUAUUUUAUCCAUCGUCCCUUUGAAACAGCCAACCCACCUAGAGUAUCUCCUCUAUCGUCACUCUUCAAUCAGUCUGAACCAAAGCCUAAACCUCCUCCAGGACCGGCCAAGGCAACAACACCAUCACCCGUUCGUGAAGAGUCACAUGGGCGCACAUCUCGGGAAAGCUCGAAACAACUGCCCUCGUCGGAAUCGCACAAAAGACGCAAAGUCUCUUCAAGAGAUGGCGGACCGGACCGAUCAAAGGAUAGGGAGCGCCACUCAUCCCACCAUUCAUCGAGAACCCGCGAAAGAGAGCAUCCGUCCAAGAGCAGGGAUCGCCAGACCACCCAAAUAAUUUCAUCUUCCACAAAACGCGAUGCGACCUCCGACUUGUAUUUUAGCGACCGACGUGGUGACCGUGACAUUGAACGAUAUGGUACCUUGAAUCGCUAUGAAGUCCCCCGAUACCGUAGCUGCGGCUACGGCUAUGUUAUGGGGCUUCCCUUGGACCGGAAGAUUGACAGAAUUCUCUCUACUGACAAAGCUACCGUCAUUUCGCCUAUAUCAGGUUCCGGACAGAAACGGCUCUUGUCUGACAGACACGCGUUGAAAAAUGUUGCAAAAACUAUCAGAUUCGUCAAGGUCGCUCCUGAGGAAGAUAGCUUGGAUGCAGAUUUCAUCGCCCUAUCUAGGCUUGAUAACAGGAGAAAUGACGGCGACGAUGAAGAUGCAAAUAUUGAAGCACACGGACCGCACACCGUUGAUUAUCGACGCCUUGAUCUCGAUACACACGAUACACAACCUGCCGAUCCCGACGCCGAGUACGAGUCUGACACCGUGAGUGCUGCUAACCCAGAGAUCACACGACGGAACGCUGCACUUGUGCGUCAGACCCGUGAUCACCCCGAAGAUAUCACUGCCUGGAUCAGCCUUAUCGAACACCAGGAAUCCAUGAUGGUAAUGGACCGCAUUUCCCCUGAAUUGACUUCCUCUGACAAGCACCACCUCGCCGAGCUCCGUAUCUCUAUAUACGAACAAGCUCUGCGCAAAUUCAGCACCGAAAAAGAUAGACAGGCAAAGCUGUACGCAGGUCUAAUGUCGGAAGCCAUCAUAGCGUGGGACGUCUGGCGGUGGGCUGAAAAGUGGACCGAGAUUCUCGCCAAAUUCCCUUCCGACACCAAACUGUGGGCGCAAUAUCUUGACGACAUCCAAUCUGAUUUUACUGGUUUUACGUAUGAGAAAUGUCGAGACGCAUUUCUCAACUGUUUCAAAACUUUGACAUCUCGCUGUAGUCAACCAGAGCCUAACUUUCUGCUCUACAUGCUCGUCCGGUUUACUCGCAUGUGUCAUGAAGCCGGCUAUCAUGGCUUGGCUAUCGGGAUUUGGCAAGCCAUGUUGGAAUUUCAUCUAUUAAAACCUGGUUCGAUUUCAGGUGCCUCUCUCGAUGAGAAUUUUUUAUCGUUCGAGGAGUUCUGGGAUAGCGACGUGGCUCGUAUCGGUGAAGAAGGUGCCAAAGGCUGGUCCACCUUUGAUCUAGACACGACGCCCAAGUACCCUGGACGUUCCCUUGAUGAUGUUGAAGAUGAUGAUUUACUCAACGUUGUCUUGUUCUCCGACCUUAGAGAUAUACUUGAGCGGCUUUCAUUUCACAUUCAACCAAAUGCCCUCGUCAACGCAUUCUUGUGUUUCUGUGGCAUGCCUCCGAUCGCUCAAGACGCGUACAUGCAAAAAUACCGACUCGACCCAUUUUUGCAGCACGUAUUUUCACCAAGGCCCACCACUCCCGAAAACAGAGAUGCUUUCGUUGAUGUACUGCACCGAUACUCGGCUUGUCCACUCCGUAAUCGCCACGUUACAACAGAGAUCUUGUUCGACGACGCAUUCCCGGAGAGGUCUCCAGUAGUCGAAACCGCCUUCUUACGGCGUGCGUUGAAACUCCUCACCACGGCUAACUCUGCCGAGGAUUCCAUCGGUGUAUACCUUCUUGCCCUAGAAUCUGCAUACUUCCCUGCCGAAGCCACUAAGACUGCCAAACGGCUGUUAAAAGCUCGUCCCACGAAUUUGUUUCUGUAUAAUGCUUACGGCCUGGUCGAAUCGAAGCGUGGUAAUUUUUCCAAGGCAGAUCAAGUAUUCAGUACUGCCUUGUCAAUGCAACAGCAAGAUGUAGAUAACGGACCACUUUUGACUCCGGGAAGCUUGGCUCUUUUCAAUAGUUGGGUUUGGGGGGCGUUGAGAAGAGGUGAUCAUGUGGAAGCGCUCUGGCGUCUUACUUGUCCAACCGGUCAACUUCCCACGGCAACCGAAGGAUCGCCUUCACAAACUGCGAUUCUCCGAGCACGCACUCUCCUCUCUGAGAUAACUUCACGCGCGCUCAUCAGCGACAAUCAUUUCCUUGCUGUAACGAGCACAUCGCUCUCAGCGCUUCUCGCAUAUCUUUCGACAUCGAUAGACGCCGCCCUUUCUAUUCAUUCCAACAUCGCACAACAGUUGACGACCCGAAGCCAAAAUCUCGACAGCCACCUCAGUGCGCAAGAGUCCCACGCGCAAUCCAUAGCAGCACUGCUUACCCAUCACACCAUACACGCAUAUUCUCCCUCUGCCCCAGACCAAAAGGCAAUUGUCAAGCCUUCUCUCCUCCGCCAUACUCUCGAGCCCCUUCUCCAACAGUUCCCCUCAAAUACCGUCCUCCUCGCCCUAUAUGCAGCAAACGAAGCCCGCUUCGCACUCGACGAUCGCGUCCGGGACUUCUUCACUACUUCACAAAGCGAUUCCAGCAUCAUCAGCAGUGCUUUUGCCAUCCACCACGAGCAAUUGCGUGCCCGCACCCUCGCCCUCGUUGCUUCCAGCGCCGUCGGGACGUGGGAUGCACAAAAUCCCACUGAAACACACAAGAUCGUGGAUACAGUGCAACCUCAACCUCAUGCAACACGCGCACUCUUCUCUUCUACUGCGCAAACCUUCCCCCACUGUCCCGCCCUUCGUAAAGCACACACAGCCUUCGAGCUCGGCAAUUAUCGAUCCAUCUCCAGCAACCAGAAUCGCCAUGAUGCUACUCUUUCUUCGCGGUCUUCCUCGAAACAGAAUGCUGCUCGAACUGCGGAGAUCAAGAAACAAGCGGAUAGAUUGCGUGAAGUAUACAUUGCGGGAUUGAAGGGCAUACCCUGGUGUAAAGAUUAUAUGGACCUUGGGAUUGAAAUCGCGGACUUGCUGGAGGAGCACGGACGUCCCGAUUCGAACAACACAGGAGAGGGGUUGCGGGAUGCUGUCAAGGCUGUGAUGGGCGAGAAAGGUCUUAAUUACGAUGGCUGA